UACGAAUGUUUGGCAAAAAAUGGAGGGAGUUCCGACAAGUGUUCCUUGAGGUUCAAUGAAAGUUUCCGUGUUCAACAGAAAGAUAAGCGCGAAGUAGGCUGGGAAAUGAUGUCAAUUGCUGGAGCAUGUUCAUUCGUUGCUGGAAUUCUAUUCGUGUACAUUUUGAAUUGCUUGGGUAAAAAAUGUACAACGAGGGAUGAUCGUAAUGAUAAUUCAGAGCAUGUCGACGUUUCUCCAGAGAGUCGCCAGCAGCGAAGUGGGAAUGAAGAACUGGGUCCUAACGAGAUGGAAUUACGUCAUACAUCGCGCAGACCUGAGGACGAGGAAAUACGUCAUAGUGCGACAUACGUUAACGUGAUGCCUGUUAAUGUUGAAAACAUGCCAGAUUAUGUUAAUUAUGACGAAAACAGCUAUCAGGAUUUAAAUGAAUUGCGCGAAAGAGAUGAAGACAGAUACCAGUCUUUGAAUGAAAUAAAUAUAUGA